CAGAAUCUUUGUAAAUCUCACGCAAGGCUCGUUUUAUAUAUAGUUAUCAUUGAUCCAAAGUCACACCCAAGAGAGAGCUAAUUGAUGAGUACCCAAAUGGCGAAGGAAGAGCAAAAUGAAGCAAGCUCCGUGGCCGCGGAUCUGGUCAGCUUCUUAAACGCCUCUCCCACAGCUUUCCACGCAGUUGACGAAGCAAAGAAGCGAUUGAGGAGUGCGGGGUAUGAGCAGGUUUCAGAGAGGGAGGAUUGGAGUUUAGAGACUGGGAAGAAAUAUUUCUUCACCAGGAAUCACUCAACAAUUGUCGCUUUUGCUAUUGGUAAAAAAUAUGUUGCUGGGAACGGAUUCCAUGUAGUUGGUGCUCACACUGACAGUCCCUGUUUGAAACUGAAGCCUGUUUCGAAGGUAUCAAAAGGUGGGUAUUUGGAAGUUGGUGUCCAAACAUAUGGAGGUGGUUUGUGGCAUACAUGGUUUGAUCGUGACUUAACUGUUGCUGGAAGAAUAAUAGUACGAAGAGAGAAUGAUGAUGGUUCUGAUUCCUACUCACAUGAACUCAUUAGGAUUGAAGAGCCCUUAAUGCGGAUCCCAACACUGGCUAUUCACUUGGACGGGGACGUCAGGGAUGCAUUCAAGGUGAACACACAUAAUCAUCUUGUUCCAGUCUUGGCGACAUCAAUUAAGGCCGAGCUAAAUAAACUGGCUGCUGAGAAUGGUCCUGUUGAAAGUGGAGUUGCAACUGAUGGAAAGAAAGAUAACGAAAAGCACCAUCCCCUCCUUUUGCGGAUUCUUGCAAAUCAGGCUUGCUGUGAACCACAGGACAUAUGUGAUUUUGAGUUGCAAGCAUGCGAUACUCAGCCAAGUAUAGUUGCUGGUGCAAUGAAGGAGUUCAUUUUCUCUGGAAGACUUGAUAAUCUUUGCAUGUCAUUUUGCUCUUUAAAGGCAUUGAUAGAUGCUACUUCUUCUGAAAGUAGUCUCGGAGAUGAGACAGGUGUAAGAAUGGUGGCUUUGUUUGACCAUGAGGAGGCUGGAUCUAAUUCAGCCCAAGGAGCUGGAUCUCCUGCCAUGUUGGAUGCUCUAUCCCGAACUACAAGUUCCUUCAGCUCAGAUUCUAAGUUACUUGAGAAAGCAAUUCAGAGGAGUUUCCUGGUAUCUGCUGAUAUGGCACAUGCCUUACAUCCUAACUACAUGGACAAACAUGAAGAAAACCAUCAGCCCAAGUUGCAUGGGGGGCUUGUGAUCAAACAUAAUGCGAAUCAACGUUAUGCCACCAAUGCUGUCACUUCCUUCAUAUUUCGGGAGAUAGCAGCUAAGCACAAGCUUCCUGUUCAGGAUUUUGUGGUUCGCAAUGACAUGCCAUGUGGUUCAACCAUUGGCCCCAUUCUGGCUAGUGGUGUAGGGAUUCGUACUGUUGACGUUGGUGCCCCCCAACUAUCAAUGCACAGCAUUAGAGAAAUGUGUGCAGUUGAUGAUGUGAAGCAUUCAUACGAGCAUUUCAAGGCCUACUUCCAAGAGUUCUCGUAUCUUGAUGCCAAGAUUACUGUGGACAUUUAGGUCUCUGCGCCUAAUCUCACAUGGGAAUGCUAAUACCUCAUGCUGUCAAACAUUUGCGCACUUUUAUUCCUGCUUCGAACUACUUGAAAACAUUUCUGAUGUCACACAUGGCUGCUUGAUGAACCAUUGUAAUGUGGUGUGAUUGCAAGCCAGUUAGUUUAUAUCAGUUGGAUCUAUCGUUUGUCUUUCAUUUUUCCUAGAUUUUGUUUCUGCUCAUAACAAUACAUGUACCAACAAACUCCAUGAGAGCUCUAUUAUCUUGGGUGAUCGUCAGCUCUUAAUUUGUCUUUGCCACAACACGAACACGAUGUCAAUGGUGUUCUUUGCAGGACAUGGAAGUGGGUCCUUGGUAAUAGCUGCUAGAUUUAUGAAGGGAACUUAAAAGGUUGUUACCUCUGAAACCAUUUUAGAAGUUGCAAGAGAGCUUGCAUUCUUGAUUUCAUUGAGCUGGGUCUGGUUUAUUUCUAGUUCUAUACUGGUUUUUCAUGAGGACUUGAUCAAAUAUAUAAUGGCAAGUGGCAACAUUUAGCCUGUAAGGAUCGUUUUCAAGGGUAUGUGCAG